CAUAAUUUCAUCCUCAAUGUUAGCGAAGAACUCUCUUCACCUUCCAAAACAAGUUCAAAUACAAUACAACUUAACUUGUCCCUACAAAACAUCCAACACAAGAAUCUCUGCAAUUAAUCCAACAACAAAAUGUCGAUGGUACCAAGUAACAACAUCCCGUUCGACGGCUCCUCAAUCCAAGAACUUUCACGAGAGAAUCCAAGUUUUCUGAACGAGCAGGUUGAUUGGAAGGAGACCGCAGAAGCGCAUGUGUUGAAAGCUGAAAUACCGAGGUUGAAGAAAGAGGAAGUGAGUAUUGAGGUUGAAGAUGGAAGAGUGCUUCAGAUAAGAGGAGAGAGGAGCAUGGAGAAAGAAGAAUCGAAUGAUGGAUGUCAUCGUGUGGAGCGUAGUAGUGGGAAGUUUAUGAGGAGUUUUACUCUUCCGAGUAAUUGUAAACUGCAUGAGGUUAAGGCUUCUAUGGAGGAUGGGGUUCUUACUGUUACUAUCCCUAAGGAUGCUGCUCAGAAUAAUGAGCUUUUGACUGGUUCCAAUUCAAAUUCAAAUUGACAAGAAUUAUGACCAUUCUAUUUGAAUCCAAACGUUCCUUGUUCCAUUUUUUUUUAAUGUUUUGAUAAGAUCCCUGUUCCCUAUUUGUCUUUGUUUUUGUGUUUCGGAGAAUUAGAAAAAGCUGUAACGUAACAAAUGAUGUUUUGUUUUGU